AUGCCUCCCCCGGAGCUCAACAAAACCCGCACCCGCACCCUCCCAAACUCCACCCAAAACGGCCUUUUCGCCUCUGUCCCCGUCUCUCCACAAACUCCGAUACUCAGGCUCUCACGACCGCUCCUAGCCCUCCUCCAGAACUCAGCCCUCGAAGCACACUGUUCGAACUGCCUUCUUCCCGCCCCGCUGCUCCUCCCAUGCCGUCUCUGCGAGGCAGCGCGAUUCUGCGAGGGUUGCAAGGAGGCGCACAUUGUGUCGCGGCGGCGGGGCAUGGCGGGGCGCCAUGACGCGGAGUGUGCUACGUUUAGGAGAGUGACUCAGGAGCGGGGAGAUGGGGAGAGGCUCCCUACGCCUGUGAGGGGGGGCGCGCAUGUGUUGGCGCGGUUUGGGGAGGAGGGGGUUAGGGAGCGGGUGAGGGGCAUGGUGGGGUGGAGGGAUAAACAGGUGGGGGGUGGGAAGGGGGUUGAGCUGCAGGCGAAGGCUGUGGUGCAUUAUUCGGGGAUGGAGAUGAGUAGGGGCAGGUUGGAGGAUGCGCUGGAGCUACUUUGCGUUAUGAAUGUGAAUUCCUUCCGCAUCACAGAUGCCAGCGGCGACGAAAUCGGGAUCGGUUUCGAUCCGCUGCUCGGGAUGGCAAACCACAGCUGUGCGCCGAAUGCGUCCCUCAAGUUCGACGGGCGGUGCGCGGUUCUCACUGCACUAAAGCAUAUCGAGGAGGGCGAGGAGAUCACCAUCUCGUACAUUGACACAACCCUUCCCCGCGCCGCCCGACAAGCAUUCCUCCAGAAGCACUACUACUUCACCUGCACCUGCGCCGCCUGCACCACUUCUUCCACCCCGCCCUUCGCUGUCAAACCCGGUAGUUGAAGGGAAUACGAAGGAAAAGAAAACUCUAUUACCUAUAUACGAGAUCAGCAAUGCACAUAACGAAGCGUAUCUGCCUGUGCGUUGAAGACGAGAUCGGCUCGGACCGCGAUAAGAUCCCCUUGCAUUCCCCACGCAUACUCAUCAGACAACACCCCGCAUCGACCGACAUUCGUAGAAACUCUAUUAUAUAUAUAAUAGUACUGAACAGACAGACGAAAGAUUGGAUGGCUCGCAUUGACAGACAACAGUCUGGGGACUCUCAGCCAACAACCGAGACGCAGACGCGGAGCACAAUACAUAAAAACAUUGUAUUCCCUCACACAAAUUAUAGCUCCCACUUUAUGUGAAUAAAUCAGAGCCUACAGAAAACGCCAUGCAUCGUGACACACAACUAUAUCCACGAAAUAAAACCCUAUCUCACCCAUUAAAUCCUCCUCCACCCCGCCGCCAUGAAAUACAACAAACCUCCUCUUCGUCUCCCCUCUCCUACCGAACUUUUGGUAUCAAGGUGAUCACGCAUCCACGCUCUACAACAGCAGCAUAGCAGCACCAACGAAGCCCAUGAGUCCAGCGCCGACCUUGGCGCCGCCGGUCGCGGCAGCACCCAUGCUAGACGAGGUCGCAGCGGCGUGCG